GCUAAAACCCAAAAGAAAACUACACUGAAAUCAAACAAACUAGAAGAAGAAACACCAAAUAAUGUAUUAUGAACACGCUUAGAAAUCUACAAAGUGGGAAGAUAUAAACAACUAAAUCAUUAUCUAAAGUGCAUUCUAUUUUAGAAAGACCAUGCACCUUUAAACUAACUUCAAGAUAUGUAUAACCUAAUAAAGAUGCUAAUUUAUUUCAUAUGUAGUUAGGAAGUCAGUUAUUCUUUUUCCUAGUUAUUAGUGUUGUAUUAGUUAUAGAACUUCAAUAGUUUUAUAACUUUCUAUAUAAAUCAAUAGUACCUCUCUAUGUAAAUAAGAAUUUUGACAUAAUAAUAAAAUGAGAAUUACAUCUCAAAUCUUCUUACUCUGAUAAUCAGCAUGGUAUCAUAGCAGCUCACUUCUGCCUUUUGUUCUUUCUUUCAGUGAUCGCGUUUAUUUGCUGUUCAUCAAUGGAAACUCAACUUUUUGCUAAUUUUGCCACAAACCCUACCAAUUCCUAUUACCUUCACCCAAAUAAGAAUCCUUCUAUUAUAUUUGUUACUCCUCUUCUUGAUCAUAAAAACUAUCAAACAUGGUGUCGCUCGAUGAAGGUAGCGUUAAUCUCCAAAAACAAGUUGAAAUUUGUUGAUGGUACUCUGCAUCUUCCUACUGUGUCUGAUCCUCUUCAUGAACUGUGGAUCUUUUGCAACAAUAUGCUACUUUCCUGGAUCCAACGUUCUAUUUUGGGAACCAUCGUUAAGUCAAUCAUGUGGUGCGAUCGUGCCGCGGUGGUCUGGAAGUGUUUGGAGCAACGAUUUGCACAUGACGAUAUUUUUAGAAUUGCUGACCUUCUUGAAGAAAUCACUUUCUAUCAGCAAGGUUUAACAAACUACUUCUAAUUAUGGCAAGAAUUAUUCAAGUUUCUAUUCUACUCACCACAGUGGUCGCGGAAGUGGUCGCAUAAAUAAUUAUGGAGGUCGUAGUUCUAAUAAUAGAACCUGCACUCAUUGUGGUAGACACAAUCAUACUGUUGAAACAUGUUUUUCCAUACAUGGCUAUCCGCCUGGUUAUCAACAUAAAAACUCUAAGUCAGUCAAUGUUGUUGCUACCUAUUCUAAUUCCCCACUAAAAGAAGGCCUACCAAUCCUACUUCAGCUACUAUCAACACCAUUCAAGAGAAAUAUAAUAAUAUCUUACAGCUUCUACAACAUUUAACAUUACAAGCUUCACCAAGUCCCUCAAAUCUUAGUCCUAAUCAACCUUCUGUCAACUCUAUUAUAUCUCUUCCUGCGACUCUAAAUUCAUCUUCUUCUUCCACUUUUUGUAAGAUCUCUGCCCACUGGGUUGUAGAUUAUGGCGCCACUAACCAUAUCACUUAUUCCUUAUAUAAAUUUGUCUCUUAUCACAUAAUUUCUCCUAUCUUCAUAUCCUUACCUAAUGGCCACAAAACCAUUGCCACAAUUGCUGGCAGCGUGCAACUUUCUCUAUCCCUUAUUCUAUAUCAUGUCUAUUACAUCCCUAAUUUCCAUGUUAAUUUGAUCUCUAUCACCCAGAUUUUAGACACCACAAUUUAUGAUGUAUUCUAAUCCAUUAAUGGUUGCUUCAUUUUGCAGAUUUCAACCCGAACUAUGAUUGGUGCAGAUAAGAGAUUUGGAGGACUAUUUGUGCAGAGUCCUUUAUCAAUUCAACAUUAAGAUUCAAGUUUCAGUUUUGCUCUUUCUUGUAAUUCUUUCUCUUAAGCUGUCAGUGACACCAUACAAAACUUUUCCAUUUGGCACACUAGACUAGGACAUAUAUCGGAUUCAAUACAUAAAUGUAUUUCAUCAUAAUUUUCCUUUGUGAAUUUUAAAGAAUCCCAAUCUCUUUGUUAUAUAUGCCAUUAUGCAAAUCAAGGAAAGUUAUCCUUUCCCCAUAGUGUCUGUAACACCCCAAAUCUACCCCGCAAUACUAAGCGAAAAUCAGAGUGCAUUUAAGAAAAUAUUCAUCAACGAUGAGAUGUCACAUUUCGACUUGACCAAACAAACACACUUAUAUUGCAUUUAACAAAGAUACAUAGCAUUCAGAAACAAAACUUC